GUGCUCGUCAGUUUUCGAAGUAGGAGCCAUGGCGACAACAGCUCAGUAUAUUCCGAGGAAUAACUCCUUACCGUCUAACCCGCUCAUGCAUCCGGAUUCGGAUAGGAUGCACCAGGGGACGACCUACAGAGAGGUGCAGAAAAUGAUGCACCAUGAGUACUUGCAAGGGCUUGCGGCUACCAACACGGGACACCCGAUGAGCCUGACGCACCACCAGUGGCUGCCCACCUCCAACACCGACUGGUCUAGCGGCACACACAUCGGGCAGCAGGAGCACAAAGCCAGCGUGCAGGCGAGCCGAGCAUCCAACGGCCACCAGUCACUGGUCUACUCCCAGCCUGGAUACACAAACCUCAACGCUAUGCUGAGUCCCCAGCCCGGUUCCCUGCACCAUGGCAUGCGAGACCCGCUCCACGACGAUUCGGGCAGCCACGACAACCAGAUGGAGUCGCCUCAACAGGCGUUCAGCCACCAUCAGGACCACUCGGACGAGGACGCGCCCAGCUCCGAUGACCUGGAGCAGUUCGCCAAGCAGUUCAAGCAGCGGCGGAUCAAAUUGGGCUUUACGCAAGCGGACGUGGGCUUGGCCUUGGGCACCCUGUAUGGAAACGUCUUUUCUCAGACCACUAUCUGCAGGUUUGAGGCGCUGCAGCUCAGCUUCAAGAAUAUGUGCAAACUUAAGCCGCUCCUAAACAAGUGGCUGGAGGAGACAGACUCGAACACUGGCAGUCCCACCAAUUUGGACAAGAUUGCCGCGCAGGGCAGGAAACGAAAGAAGAGGACCUCCAUUGAAGUGGGGGUGAAAGGGGCACUGGAAAAUCAUUUCUUAAAAUGCCCAAAGCCAUCUGCUCACGAAAUCAGCACUUUAGCCGGCACUCUGCAGUUGGAAAAAGAGGUUGUCCGUGUUUGGUUUUGCAACAGAAGACAAAAAGAGAAAAGAAUGACACCAGUGGGGGUCCCUCACCCGAAUAUGGAGGACGUAUAUUCCCAAGCAGAGACCCCUCCUCUACACCGCACACUACAGAGUCCUGUGCAGUGACUGUUUUCAUGAACAAUCCGAGAGCAUUACCACGGGGGAAUAGAAAGGGGAAAGGGACUGUGGAGUUUACAGUAUUUGUUUGGCUUUUGUUUUCUUGACAGAAAAGAGACUUGGAAAAGUUGAACAGAUGAGUUUUGCCCUUAGUAUUCGGAGAUCAUCGUGUCCAACAAAUAGAUGGCAAAAGGGAUGUGUUAAGGAAAAAAAUCAAGAAAAAAAAGAACAAAUGUUCGCUAUUACUGAUUCCAUGCGCAUUUAAAAUGAAACAAAGAUGUUUAUUUACCAAAAUUAUAUGGAGGAGACAUGCAUAUAAAGUCAAUUUGAUAUCCCAUGGCUGUGUCACAUGUGGAGUAAUUAAAUGUGGCAACUGAGGCCAUCUCCUCCUGGUGUACCAUGAACUGCUGGCGCUCACCAGAAUGAGGUGGCUGCCUGAAAAUGACCAACACUGGAGAUGAAUAGCCUACACUGAACGAACAUGUUGCUUUUGCAGGCUUAAACUCAUUAACCAGAUUUCUGAAUAUUAGUGUGUACUUUCUUUGUCCUAUUAAGUGUGACGUUUUGCUUUGGAAAUGCGUUAACUCCAGUGUCUUUCUCUGCUUGCUGUCUAUGAUUUCUUUUAUUAUUUGUUCUAGGUACUGUAACUCAUCAGAGCAACCUCUGGUUUCUGUUUACUCAGAGUUGAUGGUGGAGAUGUGAUGGAAAUUAUGGCACUCGUUAAAACACUCAUUAUUAACGUCAGAUACAUCUCAGAAAAAUGUCCAGUGCAACAGGACGUCUCAGUUCUGACUGCAUGCCUUAAAAAUAUUUAAAGCUUUGCAGCUGACCACGUCGAAAUUUGCGAGCAGCACCAGACUGAAAAGGGCAGUUCUACGCACGCGUUUUCUUGUUUUGUUGUGUGUGGGGGUUCUUGUUUUCUAAUUAUUGUUUUCUUUGCAUGGAGCACUUAUUUUUUCUUUAAUAUUAUUAUUGCUUUUUAAUGUGUUAAUAACAUUGCGAGUGGAGCAGAUCUGAAUAGACAAACACAAUAAACCACAGUCUUACAGCUUCCUGGUUGUCACUGCUGAGCGCUGCCAGCUCACACUGCUUACUGUCUGCUAUCCUGUUGUAUUCUAGACAUUUCAAGAGAGAUUGGUCAAAAUGAAAAAACAAUAAUAACUCAGGUAACAUCAGUGCCCCAUGUUGGAAUAUCCCGCCUGUACAUGAAUUUUGUUCCUCUGUGUUUUUGUGUGUUUGAAUCUGAUCCCAACCACACCGUUAUCCUUUGUCCCAUGUAUUCAUUGUAUUAUAUUAAAACGCUAUCUUCGGAGAGGGGUAAACGAUGAAAGGACUUGCUUUAGACAUAUUUAUUUUUUUCUGACCUGGAAGGAAAUCUGAAAAAUCACAGGCAUGGUGUCAUUUCUCAAUGUUGGACCAGUCCAAAAUCCUACAGCAGUGCUAUUCAUUAGAGAUGAGGAAACUUCUUCUUUUUUUCAAGAAAAAAUAAUAAUAAUAAAAAGAUUUUAGAGAAAAUGUUGCCAGGAUUAUUUCCAAGAUGUAAAUAUGUCCAAUAUGUAAACUUGUAUUUGUUCUGAGAUAUUGUUUUGUUUUGUUUCUUUCCGGGCAGUUUUGUACACUUACUAAUUCCAAGAAGAUAUUUUAAUAUGAUUUCAUUUAUGAAUCUGACCAUUUAUAUAUAUCUAUUUAUUUCUUAAACGUGUUUGGAGCUUUUUGUUUGGCUCUGUUAAUGGUUAUGUUG